AAUGCAAGGCAGUGCUAGAUGCUGAGAACAAUACACAGAUGCAAAAGACUUGAUCCUCGCCCUUAAGGAACUAAUGUAGUCUGGAAGGAGAGGAAGUACAAGUUCUUAAACUACUGUAAUGCGAGAUGGCAAGAUUUCUAUAGUAUAUCUAGUAUGAGUUCCACAUCUUGGCCUCUUAUCCACCUUCAGCAAUCUCAUCUCCACCGCCUGGAGAAUAAAUGGGAUUUCCAUGAAUUCCAAAUUCUGAACUGAAUUACAGACUACAGUGUUAAUAUCCUUUUCUUCUAGUUGUUAUUAACAGCUCCUCAGAAAGUUAAAUGUCGUCAGAAGACCGAGAAGCUCAGGAGGAUGAAUUGCUGGCCCUGGCGAGUAUUUAUGACGGAGAUGAAUUUAGAAAAGCAGAGUCUGUCCAAGGUGGAGAAACCAGGAUCUAUUUGGACUUGCCACAAAAUUUCAAGAUAUUUGUGAGCGGCAAUUCAAAUGAGUGUCUCCCGAAUAGUGGCUUUGAAUACACCAUUUGCUUUCUGCCUCCACUUGUGCUGAACUUUGAACUGCCACCAGAUUAUCCAUCCUCCUCCCCACCUUCAUUCACACUUAGUGGCAAAUGGCUGUCACCAACUCAGCUAUCUGCUCUCUGCAAACACUUAGACAACCUGUGGGAAGAACACCGUGGCAGCGUGGUCCUGUUUGCCUGGAUGCAGUUUCUUAAGGAAGAGACCCUAGCAUACCUGAAUAUUGUCUCUCCUUUUGAGCUCAAGAUGGGUUCUCAGAAAAAAGUGCAGAGAAGGACAGCUCAAGCCUCUCCCAGCACAGAGCUAGAUUUUGGAGGAGCUGCUGGAUCUGAUUUAGAUCAAGAGGAAGUUGUGGAUGAGAGAGCUGUGCAGGAUGUGGAAUCAUUGUCAAGUCUGAUCCAGGAAAUCUUGGACUUUGAUCAAGCUCAGCAGAUAAAAUGCUUUAAUAGUAAAUUGUUCCUGUGCAGUAUAUGUUUCUGUGAGAAGCUGGGUAGUGAAUGCAUGUACUUUUUGGAGUGCAGGCAUGUGUACUGCAAAGCCUGUCUGAAGGACUACUUUGAAAUCCAGAUCAGAGAUGGCCAAGUUCAAUGCCUCAACUGCCCAGAACCCAAGUGUCCUUCAGUGGCCACUCCUGGUCAGGUCAAAGAGCUAGUGGAAGCAGAGUUAUUUGCCCGUUAUGACCGCCUUCUCCUCCAGUCCACCUUGGACCUGAUGGCAGAUGUGGUGUACUGCCCCCGCCCAUGCUGCCAGUUGCCUGUGAUGCAGGAGCCUGGCUGCACCAUGGGCAUCUGCUCCAGCUGCAAUUUUGCCUUCUGUACCUUGUGCAGACUGACCUACCAUGGGGUCUCUCCAUGUAAGGUGACUGCAGAGAAAUUAAUAGAUUUACAAAAUGAGUACCUUCAAGCGGAUGAGGACACUAAAAGAUUUUUGGAACAGAGGUAUGGUAAGAGGGUGAUUCAGAAGGCACUGGAAGAGAUGGAAAGUAAGGAGUGGCUAGACAAGAACUCAAAGAGCUGCCCGUGUUGUGGGACUCCCAUAGAGAAAUUAGAUGGAUGUAACAAGAUGACAUGUACUGGCUGUAUGCAGUAUUUCUGCUGGAUUUGCAUGAGUUCUCUCUCCAGAGCAAGCCCUUAUAAACAUUUCAAUGAUCCUGCUUCCCCGUGUUUUAACCGGUUGUUCCAUGUUGUGGAUGUUAAUGGAGAUAUUUAGGAAGAUGAGACUGAAGACUAGUUAACUCCUACUGCUCAAGAUAUGGAAGUGGAAUGGUUUGCCCUAAUCUUUUGUCGAGUACACAAAGUUAACUUUGCAGGAUGUUUAGAGUACUGUGGAGAUAUGGUACUCUGUGUAGGAGAUAUGAAAGAACAAUGUUUGUAUUUUCAUGUGGUGUACUACUGAUUAAGGCCAUUCAUACAUUUUUCAAUGUAACAUAAUUGAGAAAAUUAUAAGCCAAAGGUUUAGAAAAUGAAAACUAGAGAAUAUUAAAUAUUACAGUGUGCCCAAAGCUCUGAAUAGUUAAAAAUUAAAUAUUUAUUUUCUUCCCCAAGUUUUAGGUGAGGAGUCAAGGGUUAAACUUAUACACCUUUUUAUCUCUGAGAAGCAUCCCUCUUAGACAUUCUAUGGGAGGCCCCUCAGUACUACUCCUUACAACUGAGGUGGGUAGAAGCCUUAUUAAAAUUGUACCGAGAGCCUGAUCUCAUUUACUCCAUGUUACCUUCCUUCCAACCUAAAUUUCUGCUAAGUUCUUUUUGGAGGAAGCCUUUUACUCUCUAACUGAUUGGAUGGCCCAGUGUCAUUUUGUUCUAUUGCUUUUCAGAAUAGAAAUUUAUAGAUAAUUUUUUUUAAAAUGUUAAUACCACAAACACUGUGGGUCACCUGAUAUUUAUUAGUGGUGUAUAGUCCACUGGUUUUGAGCCAAGUCUAGAAUUUAGUGAUACUGGUUCAGAAGAAUUUCAGCCCUAUUCAACUUUCCUGGGCAGUUUAGCGUAAAUUCAAAACGACUUGUCUUUGCUACCUUUUGUUCUAUAUUCUCUCCCUUUACUCUCACCCUAUCUUCCACUGGUAAGAACAAUUUUAAUAUUAACUCCAGCAGCUCAUAUUUUUGUUUCCUCUGCUGGAAUAGGAGAAAGCCUAAUAUAUUCCCAAACUGAACAAGAUGAACUUUCUUUAAUUAUCUGUUUUUUGAACUCCAUACCACUGUAGUUCCAAUCCUAACUUUCUGAAUUCCUUUUAAAUGUCUUCUCUAAUGAGUUAUGGAAAUUUGGCUUCCUACCCUUUUUUGCAACAGUGCUGUUUUGGGGGAUAAUUUUGGCUUGAUACCUAGAUCCCUGUUUCUGGGUUUUGUUGGCUUUUUGAAAAAUUGUCUUUUUUUUAUGGUUUGGUGAGUGGCUUGGUAGCAAAAUAAGAUUUUUUGAAAAAGAAGACAGAGGAAUUCAGCUGCAGCCGUGAACAUGUUCUUUCCUACCUUUUCAUUGAAAAUUGGGGAAUCACUUUUAACCAUUUUAUGUGUGUAUAUCCAAAGAGUCAGCAAGGACUAUUUAUGGAUUGUCAAUGAGGAUGCUUAAUCUAAAAAAUAAAAAUAAUUUAAAAAUUGCCUUAUAAUUAGA